AUGGUGGCGUUCGAUAUCAAGAUCCCAACGUGGAAUGGGGAGGGGAAGGAGGCCACACUGGUCACGCCUGUGGUCUGCUCGCUGGUUGAAACCGUGGCGCUGAUCCCCGCUGUGACUCUGUGGCAGCGAAUGGUGACGGGGUACGAUGAGCAAUGUCGAGAGGAGAUGGAAAUCAACACAUUCACUUGCAUCAAGACGGGGUCGACGUAUACGUUGGCAAUCGCUGCUAUUCCAUUUGCUGCGGUAACUUACGUGCUAUGGCGCCUUUCGCACUCCUACUAUGAAGCAAAACGAGAUGGCAAGAUCGCAGACGGAUUUACCCUCGCAGCGAAAACAGGCACGGGAUACAACGUCGAUGAAAUUCUGUCCGGCAUCGCCAACAAAAUUGAUAUCGAUGCGAACGGCUCGGAUGGCAGAAAUGCGCUGCAUUGGGCGUGCACACUGCACCGCACGAGCAUUUGCCACGUUCUCCUCAAAAAGGGGGCAUCGAUCAGUAAGAAAGAUAGAGAUGGCUGGACUCCGCUGCACUGGGCCAGCCGUGUUGGCAAUCUCGACAUUGUGCGUCUCCUAGCCAAGUAUGGGGCCAACUUGAACGUACAAGACCGGUGGGGGACGACUCCAUUGAUGCUGACUGUCGUUGGCGAAAGCAAAGUCGCAGCAGAAACGUUGAUUGAGCUGGGUGCUUGUGUUGACGCACGAAACGUAUUCGGCCAGACCCCGCUGAUGUUGUGCGCUGAAGGAGGAACACCUCUCCACCAGAUAGGCAUGGUGUUCUUGAAUGCUGGUUCGAACCUCGCAUUGCAAGACGCACAAGGAAUGACCGCAUUGCACUAUGCAGCUGCCCACGGCAGCGUCAAUCUGCUUAUGAAUAUGCUCCAGCAGUGCGACUCGGAACUGGUAGACAAGCCGAACAGGGUAUGUCAAACCUUUAUUUGUUCGAAACUCUUUGUUUCGUUGACAUGGAGAAGAUAA